AGCCCCUCGCGGCGCUGGCGCAGAGAUGGCGGAGGCCGUGGAGCGCACUGACGAGAUGGUCCGCGAGUACCUGCUCUUCCGCGGCUUCACGCACACUCUGCGGCAGCUGGACGCAGAGAUCAAGGCGGACAAGGAGAAGGGCUUCCGGGUGGACAAGAUUGUGGACCAGCUGCAGCAAUUAAUGCAGGUGUAUGACCUGACUGCUCUUCGGGAUUACUGGAACUACCUGGAGCGGCGGCUCUUCAGCCGCUUGGAGGACGUGUACAGACCCACCAUCAACAAGCUGAAAACCAGCCUGUUCCGCUUUUAUCUCGUCUACACAAUCCAGACAAACAGAAGUGACAAGGCCCAGGAGUUCUUUGCAAAGCAGGCCUCGGAGCUCCAGAACCAGGCCGAGUGGAAGGAUUGGUUUGUCCUGCCCUUCCUGCCAUCCCCAGACACCAACCCCACCUUCGCCACCUACUUUUCGCGCCAGUGGGCCGACACCUUCAUCGUGUCCCUGCACAACUUCCUGAGCGUACUGUUUCAGUGCAUGCCAGUUCCCGUGAUCCUGAACUUUGAUGCGGAGUGCCAGAGGACCAACCAGGUUCAAGAAGAGAAUGAAGUUCUGCGCCAGAAGCUGUUUGCACUACAAGCCGAAAUCCAUCGACUGAAGAAAGAGGAGCAACAGCCGGAGGAGGAAGAGGCCUUGGUCCAGCACAAAUUGCCUCCUUAUGUCUCCAACAUGGACCGCCUGGGGGACUCGGAACUAGCCAUGGUGUGCAGCCAGAGGAACGCCUCCCUCUCCCAGUCGCCACGCGUGGGUUUCCUGUCCUCGCUGCUGCCUCAGAGCAAGAAGAGCCCCUCGAGGUUGUCGCCCGCCCAGGGGCCCGCUCAGACUCAGAGCUCGGCCAAGAAGGAGCCCUUCGGCAGCCAGACCGCCAAGGGCAGGGAGCUGGCCGGCGCGCCCAAGGACGGGAAAAGCCUCUUCGGCGGGCUGGCCCCGGGGGAGUCCAGCUGGUCGCAGCACCGGCAGCGGCGCCUGCAGGACCACGGGAAGGAACGGAAGGAGCUCCUGUCCAUGACUCUGCAGUGUGCGGAGAAGAAGCCUGAAGCUGGUGGCCCAGAGGCAGAGCCCUGCCCGGAGCUCCACGUAGAGGCGCCGGAGACGCUGACGCGGGUGCCCACGGCAGGCCCUGAGGGUGGGGGUGUCCGCCCCGAGCAGCCGUUCAUCGUGCUGGGCCAGGAGGAGUAUGGGGAGCACCACUCUUCCAUUAUGCACUGCAGGGUGGACUGUUCGGGGAGAAGGGUCGCCAGCUUGGACGUGGACGGGGUCAUCAAAGUGUGGUCCUUCAACCCCAUCAUGCAGACCAAGGCAUCCUCUAUCUCCAAGUCACCGCUGCUCUCUUUAGAGUGGGCCACCAAGCGGGACAGGCUGCUGUUGCUGGGCAGCGGUGUGGGGACAGUGCGCCUCUACGACACAGAAGCCAAGAAGAACCUCUGUGAAAUCAACAUCAAUGAUGAUAUGCCCAGGAUCCUGUCUCUCGCGUGCAGCCCCAGCGGGGCGUCUUUCGUCUGCUCGGCUGCAGCUUCGAGCCUCACUGCCCACGUGGAUGUGUUGGCACCAGACAUCGGCGGCAGGGGCACCAACCAGGUGCCGGGCAGGCUGCUGCUCUGGGACACGAAGACCAUGAAGCAGCAGCUCCAGUUCUGCUUGGAUCCAGAGCCCAUUGCCGUGAACUGCACGGCCUUCAACCACAAUGGGAACCUGCUGGUCACGGGGGCGGCUGACGGCGUCAUCCGGCUGUUUGACAUGCAGCAGCACGAGUGUGCCAUGAGCUGGAAGGCCCACUGCGGGGAGGUCUACUCCGUGGAGUUCAGCUACGAUGAGAACACCGUGUACAGCAUCGGUGAGGACGGGAAGUUCAUCCAGUGGAACAUCCACAAGAGUGGCCUGAAGGUGUCCGAGUACGGCCUGCCUGCCGACGCCACAGGCCCCUUCGUGCUGUCCGGUUACAGCGGCUACAAGCAGGUCCAGGUGCCCCGGGGCCGACUGUUCGCUUUUGACUCGGAGGGCAAUUACAUGCUGACGUGUUCUGCCACAGGGGGCGUCAUCUACAAGCUGGGCGGGGACGACGAGGCCCUGGCGAGCUGCGUGAGCCUGGGCGGCCACCGCGCCCCUGUGGUCACGGUGGACUGGAGCACAGCGGUGGACUGCGGGACCUGCCUCACUGCCUCCAUGGACGGCAAGGUCAAGCUCACCACCCUCCUGGCCCACAAAGCCUGACGGGGCCCGCCCCGAGGGCCGCCCGCAGCGGCAGCGUUACCCCAGGACGCGGGCAGAGAAGACACAGGAGAGCGGGAAGCUCCCCCCGCGGCCCCGAGGGCCGCCCACAGCGGCAGCGUUACCCCAGGAUGCAGGCAGAGAAGACACAGGAGAGCGGGAAGCUCCUCCCGCGGCCCCUGCCCGGUGGGCAGUCUUCGGGGAGAGGUUGCCCGGAGCGCUUGGGCACUGUCCAGAUUCCCAGCUGGAACAGGAGCCACGUGCAGUGGCGGCACGUGCUCCCCAGACAUGGGCUCACUGGGUCUGCCAGGAGCGGGCUCCAGAUGGCAGGGGAAAGCUCAGGAAGAAGAAGCGCUGUGGUGGCUGCUCUGUUGGCCCAGAAGAGAUUGGAAGUAUUUUGUAUAUAUUUGCUCAGUUUUCUUUUUUAAAAAAAGAAUACUCUUGUGGUCA